AGGGCAAUGUGGUGGUAUUGUUUACAUUAUUAUUAUAUUAAUAUAAUAUAUAUUGGCCAUAUGGAAAUAUAAAGGUAGGUUGUUACACUCGAUGACCGAUCAAAUCUAAAUUGACGUAAGCCAUUUGGCUGCUUUCACUUUUAUUGGAUGUUGUAAAAAAAAACUUGUUUCCAUUACACAAAAUCACGCUGAAUGACCAUUAGGAUGGAUGAUAUUCAACAAUAGUUGAGUACAUGUGACACCUAUUCUUUAAUUUCAAAAAUCAGUAUUACAAGUAUUAUUCGGAAAAAUCGUUUUUUUAGAAAGCAAUAAUCAUGACAAAUUUGAUGAAAAAAUUUCUCGUAUUGAAUACCAAAUUUCUUAUAAAUUCAUAUACAGCCAUUACAUUACCAUUCUAUACGAUAUAUCAAAAACCAUGGCAAAAAUUACGUACAUCAAAAUUGUUUCAAAUACAAAUGUACAAAGAUAAACAUGGUCGUACUAUUUAUUAUCGCAAUGGACCCACCAAAUUUGAACAUCCAUUCAUCCAUCAUCGAACUGUUACCGAUUUGUUAAAAACAUUGGAUCGUGAUCGUAUAGCAGUCGGUGUUCGUGAUGUGAUUAAUGAAAAAUUGCAAUAUGAUCAAAAUGGCAAGCCAAUCAUUGUUGAUGAACGGGAAUUGACAAAAAUUGAACUGAGUAAAGAUUAUAAGUGGUGGACAGCCGGGCAGAUAAUUGAUCGUGCCGAUGCAAUUGCACGUGGCCUACAACAAUUGGGCGUCAAUCGAAAUGAUAAAGUUAUUAUCUAUGCUGAUAGUAAUGUUGAAUGGUUUCUAGUAGCAUUAGCAUUGAAUCGUUUAUGUGCCAUAACGAUAACAUUAUUCUCUACAUUGGGCGAUACCGGUGUAUUGUAUGGUCUCAAUCAAAGUGAAGCACCAUAUCUUGUUGUUGGUGAAUCAUUAUUGAAAAAAAUCGCUACACUUGAUCAUAAAAUUGAAUUUUUGAAAAAAAUUAUCUACAUUCCAAAUAAUCCAAAAUCUUAUAAAAGCCAAGAUGUUAAUGUACAGAUUUCCAAAGAUAAAUUAGAAAAAAAAUAUCAAUUAAUAUCAUUAGGACAAGUAGAACAAAGUGGUUCACAAAUUGAACCAUAUGAAUUUCCGGAUGCAAAACCAGAAGAUACAAUGAUGAUAAUGUAUACAUCGGGAACGACAGGCAAUCCAAAAGGUGUCAUAUUGUCACAUGAUAAUUUCUUCACAUUCAUUUUAUCAUUAUCGAAAUGGAAUCAUGAAUGGCCAUUGAUUGGACCUAAAUCAAUUUAUUUGGCAUUCUUGCCAAUGGCUCAUCUAUUCGGUUUCAUGUGUAAUCUAUAUACUUAUUUAAGCGACAAUCGACUUGCCUUCUCAUCACCUGCUACAAUGUUCAAUACAUCAAAAUCACAUGUCCAUGGCCAAACUGGUGAUAUUCGUUUGAUUACACCAGAUCUUCUAACUUGUGUACCAUUAGUAAUUGAAAGAAUUAUCAAAGAAAUCUAUCAGAAAUUGAAUGCAAAAUCUGCAAUUGCCGCACCAUUAUUCACAUAUAUGAUGGAUUAUAAAAUACGAUGGACAGCAAGAGGUUAUGAUACACCAUUAAUCAAUAAAUUUUUAUGCCGUCGAAUUAAUAAACAAUUUGGUGGCCGAUUAAAAACGAUCGUAUCGGGUAGCGCACCACUCAAUGAACGUACACAUGCACUAAUCAAAGCUGCAUUGAAUACCAAUGUUAUUAUCGGUUAUGGCGCCACUGAAGUUACUUGCUGUUCAACUUUUAUGGCUAUUACUGAUCGUUCAUAUGGACGAUGUGGUCUUCCAUUGGAUACGGUGAAAUAUUAUCUCGAUAAUUGGUCGGAUGGUGGCUACAGUGUUGAUGAUAAACCAAAUCCUCGCGGUGAAAUUAUAAUUGGUGGUAAAUUGGUUUCAAUGGGUUAUUAUAAGAUGCCCGAACAAACAGCACAAGAUUUCUAUGUUGAUGAAGAUGGUUGUCGAUGGUUUCGUACCGGUGACAUUGGUGAACUGUAUCCGGAUGGUACAUUGAAAAUUAUUGAUCGUAAAAAAGAUUUAACCAAAUUGGCUAAUGGUGAAUUCAUUUCGCUUGGAAAAAUUGAAUCCGGUCUACGAUCAUCACGUUAUGUAGAGAAUGUUUGCAUCUGUACUGAUCGUUUUCGUAAUGAAAUCAUUGCAUUAGUCGUACCUAAUCGACGAACACUACGAAUAUUGGCCAAAGAGCUUCAAAAAGAACAUUUAUCUAUCGAACAAAUGUGCAAUGAUUCUAUGAUCAAUGCGAAAAUCUAUGAAUCAAUCAUUAAUCGUUGUCGAGAUUUAGGUUUUAAAAAACGUGAAAUACCUGUAAAAGUUUUGUUGGUCAAAGAAGAAUGGACACAGGAAAAUAAUCUCUUAACGGCUGCAUUCAAGAUGCGACGUCAAGCAGUUCAAAAAUUUUAUCGAGAAAAAAUCCAAGAAAUUUUUGAUGAAAUUCCACCAACCAUAUAGAGAAUAUUAUACAGAUUCAUAUUUUUUUUUGUUGUUGCCCGCCCUCUAACGACCUGAACAUUCCGAAAACAAAACAAAAAAAAAAUUUUUUUUUUU